AGAAACGCAUUUUUUCCCCGGCAUUUCUUAAAACCCUUUUUUGGUACAGCUAAAUUUCUGUGUUUGUUGAAUUUCGUCAAUUUCAAUCGGUAAUACUGUAGUAUUUGCCCACAUAAGACAAAAGCACGAUACAGUUUACUCCCAUAAAAAAUGGACGCCGAUUUGUAUGACGAGUUCGGCAACUACAUCGGGCCCGAGCUCGAAUCAGACGACGAAGAAAACGAGGAAGGAGAUGAAGCCGAACGUGAUGACGAUGCCGAAGACUACGGUGACAAUGACUCGGAAGAAGCCAUGGAUCAAACGGUGGUCGAUGCCGACCCCCAAAUGGCCAUCGUUUUGCACGAGGACAAGAAAUACUACCCGUCUGCUCUGGAAGUUUACGGCCCUGGAGUCGAGACACUUGUUCAGGAGGAAGAUGCUCAACCCCUGACUGAACCCAUCAUCGCUCCUGUCAAACGCAGGAAGUUUCAGGUUGCAGAGCAAGAACUCCCUGAAACCACCUACAACAUGGAAUUUUUGGCAGAUUUGAUGGAUAGCGCAGAGCUCAUCAGGUCUGUGGCUCUUGUCGGGCAUUUGCACCACGGCAAAACAUCCUUCAUGGAUUGCCUGCUCAUGCAGACACAUCCUGAUCUUCAGACAGGAAGACCAGGCAGUGGCGAGGAAAAACCUGUUAGGUACACAGACACUCUCUUUACCGAACAAGAAAGGGGGGUUUCAAUCAAAGCUACACCAAUUACAGUGGUCAUGCCAGACUUGAAUGAAAAAUCAUUCCUUCUCAAUAUGUUUGAUACACCUGGUCACGUCAACUUUUCAGACGAAGUCACUGCUGCUUUGCGGCUGUGCGACGGUAUCGUCCUGUUUGUCGACGCCGUCGAGGGUGUCAUGCUCAACACGGAGCGCAUCUUGAAGCACGCCGUCCAAGAGAAAAUGGCCAUCACGGUUUGCAUCAACAAAAUCGAUCGACUCAUUUUGGAGCUGAAACUGCCGCCCCAGGACGCGUACUACAAAUUGCGCUACAUUAUUGAAGAGAUCAACGGUCUUUUAGGCCUGUACAGUGACGAAGAAAAUCCCAAAAUCGUCUCACCCUUGUUGGGCAAUGUUUGUUUCGCUUCGGCUCAGUUCUCAGUCUGUUUCACCCUGAAAUCAUUCGCUAAACUCUACAGUGACACCUAUGGCUCAGAUAUCAACGACCACGAGUUAGCCCGUCGUCUGUGGGGCGAUAUCUACUUCAACAGCAAGACCAGAAAGUUCACGAAAAAACCGCCACACAGCUCUGCCCAACGAAGUUUCAUCGAGUUCAUUCUUGAGCCAUUGUAUAAAAUCUUUGCCCAGGUUGUCGGAGAUUUGGACACGAGUUUGCCACAACUGCUGGAUGAACUUGGCAUUCGUUUGACAGUCGAGGAACAAAGGCUAAAUACCCGCCCACUUUUGAGAUUAGUCUGUAGUCGCUAUUUGGGCACGUUUAGUGGUUUCGUUGACAUGUGCGUAAAACAUAUUCCGUCACCCGUUGUUGCUGCCCGUACUAAAGUAGAGCACAUUUAUACGGGUCCGCUGGAAUCUACCCUUGGUGAAGACAUGGUCAACUGUGAACCAAAUGGUCACCUGGUAGUCCACACGACCAAACAGUACCCCACAGAGGAUUGCACCGGAUUUUACGUGCUAGGCCGUGUCCUGAGUGGUACUCUGCAUGCCCAUCAGAACGUCCGUCUUCUGGGCGAGAACUACUCGCUCAGCGACGAAGAAGACUCUCGAUUAUUAACGAUCGGACGUUUGUGGAUCUACGAGGCUCGUUACAAGAUUGAAGUGAACAGAGUGACCGCUGGCAGUUGGGUUCUGAUUGAAGGCAUUGACGCGUCGGUGGUCAAAACGUCGACUAUUGUCCAGGCUAGCAUCGACGAGGACUUGUACAUCUGCCGGCCGUUGAAAUUCAACACGCAGUCGAUCAUCAAAAUCGCCGUCGAGCCCGUCAAUCCCAGCGAGUUGCCGAAAAUGUUGGACGGGCUCCGUAAGGUCAACAAGUCGUAUCCGUUGCUGUCGACACGAGUCGAAGAGUCGGGCGAGCACGUCAUCCUCGGCACGGGCGAGCUCUACCUCGACUGCGUCAUGCACGACCUCAGGAAAAUGUACUCUGAAAUCGACAUCAAAGUUGCCGAUCCGGUCGUGUCGUUUUGCGAAACGGUCGUCGAAACGUCUUCCUUGAAAUGUUUUGCCGAAACGCCCAACAAGAAGAACAAAAUCACGAUGAUCGCCGAGCCACUGGAGAAAGGCUUGGCCGAAGACAUUGAGAACGGCGUCGUUCAAAUCGGCUGGAACAAGAAAAAACUGAGCGAGUUUUUCCAAAAUAAAUACGAUUGGGAUUUGUUGGCAGCUCGGUCUAUUUGGGCGUUUGGUCCUGAUUCUACGGGACCCAACAUCCUCGUUGAUGAUACAUUGCCAUCGGAAGUUAAUAAGAGUUUGCUCAAUACGGUCAAAGAUUCCAUAGUUCAAGGCUUCCAGUGGGGAACGCGAGAAGGCCCAUUGUGCGAAGAACCUAUAAGGAAUGCCAAAUUCAAGAUCCUGGACGCUGUUAUUGCAGAUGAACCGGUUCACCGCGGAGGUGGACAGAUAAUCCCAACCUCUCGUCGUGUUGCGUAUUCGGCGUUCUUGAUGGCCACGCCCCGCUUAAUGGAACCCUAUCUUUUUGUGGAAGUUCAAGCACCAGCCGAUUGUGUUUCAGCCGUUUACAGCGUACUGGCUAGAAGGAGGGGUCACGUCACCCAAGAUGCACCUGUACCUGGUUCACCUCUUUACAUCAUUAAGGCUUUCAUUCCGGCCAUCGAUUCCUUCGGUUUCGAAACUGAUUUGCGGACCCACACGCAAGGACAGGCCUUUUGUCUCUCCGUCUUUCACCACUGGCAGAUCGUGCCCGGCGAUCCGCUAGACAAGAGCAUUGUGCUCCGGCCGUUGGAGCCUCAACCGGCGACCCACUUGGCCCGCGAGUUUAUGGUCAAGACGCGUCGCCGCAAGGGUCUCAGUGAGGACGUGUCCAUCAACAAAUUCUUCGACGAUCCCAUGCUCCUGGAACUGGCCAGACAGGAUGUGACACUCACCUAUCCAUUUUGAUGAAGACAUUUCCGCAAUGUAAGUGACAAUGAAUCCAUUGGGUGUCAUCGAAGUGCAGCACACUGGUAAGUUACCAAAAGAAAUAUAGGCCUAAUCAAAUAACGUGGGAUGGCCCCAGGUGUUGUAGUGCUCUCCCUCUUUUAAUUUUCAAAUAAAAACAAAGAUGUUCGAUAA